GCAAUGGCAUAAUAAAAGAAAGGAAUGAUGGUAGCUGAAAGGUGGGCAGUUGCCACGUGCAUACCCAAAUAAAUGGGCCGUUAAUAACGUGAAGGCAUCCUGCGCCUCAAACCAAACCAACCCCCUUCUUAAAUCUUCCCCCCCUUCUUCUUAUAUGUAUAGUUAUGGUACUUUUAACUUCAUAUCAAAUCAAAAGUUUGAAUCUUUUUUCCAAUAAAUUUUGGUAUACCACAUUAUCAUAGUAUGAUCUUUAUAGUUUGAUCCAAGAACACAAAGUUAAAAGUACCCAGAUGCCAAUUCAGAACAAUUUUUAGUUUUCCAGUUAAGAUAUAGGCGCAGUGGCCUAAUUUUUGGGCAAUACCAAGGGCGCGUCGGUGUUUUAACCAAGGAAGAUCCUAAGAUGGCUACUACAGUGAGAAAUAUUGAAUACAUGAAUGGAACAACUCUACUGAGGAAUUCUUCUACAUUGUCAAUAGUUGAUGACUUCUGUUAUGCCCUUGGAGGAAAAAGACCAAUCCAUAGUGUAUUAAUUGCAAACAAUGGAAUGGCAGCUGUCAAAUUUAUACGAAGUGUUCGGACAUGGGCUUACGAGACCUUUGGAAAUGAGAAAGCUAUAUUAUUAGUGGCCAUGGCUACUCCCGAGGACAUGAGAAUCAACGCAGAGCAUAUUAGAAUGGCUGACCAGUUUGUUGAAGUCCCUGGAGGGACUAACAACAAUAACUAUGCCAAUGUGCAGCUCAUAGUUGAGAUGGCGGAAAUCACACAUGUUGAUGCAGUUUGGCCUGGUUGGGGACAUGCGUCGGAGAUCCCUGAGUUACCAGAUGCACUAACUGCAAAGGGAAUUGUAUUUUUAGGCCCCCCUGCUAUAUCUAUGGCUGCUCUUGGAGAUAAAAUUGGUUCGUCAUUGAUUGCUCAAGCUGCAGAUGUUCCAACUCUUCCAUGGAGUGGUUCUCAUGUAAAAGUUCCUGCUGAGAGUUGCCUAGAUACAAUUCCUGAUGAUGUAUACAAGGCAGCCUGUGUUUUUACCACAGAGGAAGCAAUUGCUAGCUGUCAAGUUGUCGGUUAUCCAGCUAUGAUUAAGGCUUCUUGGGGUGGUGGAGGGAAAGGAAUAAGAAAGGUUCACAAUGAUGAUGAAGUAAGGGCGUUAUUCAAGCAAGUGCAGGGUGAAGUUCCUGGAUCACCCAUAUUUAUUAUGAAGGUGGCUUCACAGAGUCGACACUUAGAAGUACAGUUACUGUGCGAUCAAUAUGGCAAUGUUGCAGCGUUGCAUAGCCGUGAUUGCAGUGUUCAAAGGCGGCACCAGAAGAUUAUUGAAGAGGGGCCAAUAACUGUAGCUUCACCAGAAACAGUGAAGAAACUCGAGCAGGCAGCUAGAAGGUUGGCCAAAUGUGUAAAUUAUGUUGGAGCAGCAACUGUUGAAUAUUUGUACAGCAUGGAAACUGGCGAGUAUUAUUUCCUUGAGCUGAAUCCUCGGCUACAGGUGGAGCAUCCUGUUACUGAGUGGAUUGCUGAAAUAAAUAUUCCAGCUGCUCAGGUUGCAGUUGGCAUGGGUAUCCCUCUUUGGAAAAUUCCUGAAAUUAGGCGAUUUUAUGGUAAGGAACAUGGUGGGGGUUAUGAUGCUUGGAGAAAAACAUCAGUUGUGGCUACUCCUUUUGAUUUUGAUAAGGCACAGUCUGUGAAACCAAAGGGUCACUGUAUUGCCGUACGUGUGACAAGUGAGGACCCAGAUGAUGGGUUCAAGCCUACUAGUGGAAAAGUACAGGAGCUGAGUUUCAAAAGUAAACCAAAUGUGUGGGCCUACUUCUCUGUUAAGUCUGGUGGAGGCAUCCAUGAGUUCUCAGAUUCUCAAUUUGGCCAUGUUUUUGCAUUUGGUGAAUCUAGAGGCACGGCUAUAGCAAAUAUGGUUCUUGGUCUAAAAGAAAUCCAAAUUCGUGGUGAAAUUCGUACUAAUGUUGAUUACACCAUCGAUCUUCUAAAUUCUUCAGAUUACAGAGAUAAUAAAAUUCAUACAGGUUGGUUGGAUAGCAGAAUAGCAAUGAGGGUCAGAGCUGAAAGGCCACCCUGGUACAUAUCCGUUGUGGGAGGAGCGCUUUAUAAAGCAGCUGCUAGUAGUGCAGCUACUGUUUCAGAAUAUAUUGGCUAUCUUGAGAAGGGUCAAAUCCCUCCAAAGCAUAUAUCACUUGUCCACUCCAAAGUUUCUUUAAAUAUUGAGGGGAGCAAGUACACCAUUGAAUUGGUGAAGGGCGGUCCUGGAAGUUACAGACUGAGAAUGAAUGAGUCAGAAAUUGAGGCAGAAAUACAUACAUUGAGAGAUGGAGGUCUAUUGAUGCAGUUGGACGGAAAUAGUCACGUGAUAUAUGCUGAGGAAGAAGCAGCAGGAACUCGGCUUCUUAUUGAUGGAAGAACUUGUUUGCUUCAGAACGAUCACGAUCCUUCAAAGCUAAUCGCGGAGACACCAUGUAAGCUGAUGCGAUAUUUGGUACCAGAUAAUAGUCACAUUGAUGCAGAUACACCGUAUGCUGAAGUUGAGGUUAUGAAGAUGUGUAUGCCUUUGCUUUCUCCUGCAUCUGGCAUAAUACAGUUUAAGAUGUCUGAAGGUCAAGCGAUGCAGGCUGGUCAGCUUAUAGCAAGAUUAGAGUUGGAUGAUCCUUCUGCUGUAAGGAAAGCUGAACCAUUCCGUGGUAGCUUUCCUAUCUUGGGAUUACCAACUGCAAUUUCAGGCAAAAUUCAUCAGAGGUGCGCCGCAAGUUUAAAUGCAGCUCGGAUGAUUCUUGCGGGUUAUGAACACAACAUAAACGAGGUAGUACAGAGUUUGCUGAUCUGCCUCGAUAGUCCUGAACUUCCUUUCCUGCAAUGGCAAGAAUGCCUGUCUGUCCUAGCAACACGGCUUCCCAAAGAUCUGAGAAAUGAAUUGGAAUCAAAAUAUAGAGAUUUUGAAGGAAUUACCAAUUCCCAGAACAUUGAAUUUCCUGCUAAGUUGCUGAAAAGUGUUCUUGAGGCCCAUUUAAGGUCAUGCCCUGAAAAAGAGAGAGGAGCUCAAGAGAGGCUGAUUGAGCCUCUAAUGAGUCUUGCAAAGUCUUACGAGGGCGGGAGAGAGAGUCAUGCCCGUGUUAUUGUUCAGUCUCUUUUUGAAGAGUAUUUGUCUGCUGAAGAAUUGUUCAAUGACAAUAUCCAGGCUGAUGUGAUUGAACGUCUCCGCCUUCAGUAUAACAAGGAUCUGUUAAAGGUUGUGGACAUCGUACUAUCACAUCAGGGUGUUAAGAACAAAAACAAAUUGAUCCUACGGCUCAUGGAACAACUGGUUUACCCAAAUCCUGCUGCAUACAGGGAGAAACUUAUUCGUUUCUCACAAUUGAACCACACGAUGUACUCUGAGUUGGCACUCAAAGCUAGUCAAUUACUUGAACAAACCAAAUUGAGUGAGCUUCGUUCAAACAUUGCUAGAAACCUUUCCGAGUUAGAAAUGUUUACAGAGGAAGGUGAAAAUAUGGAUACCCCAAAAAGAAAAAGUGCUAUUAAUGAACGUAUGGAGGCUCUUGUGAGUACGCCACUGGCUGUUGAAGAUGCCCUUGUAGGCUUGUUUGAUCACAGUGAUCACACACUACAGAGGCGGGUUGUCGAGACCUAUGUCCGGAGGCUUUAUCAGCCUUAUCUUGUCAAGGGAAGUGUCAGGAUGCAGUGGCACAGAUCUGGUCUCAUUGCUUCUUGGGAGUUCAUGGAGGACCACAUUGAAACCGCGAAUGUCUCUGAUGAUCUGUCCUCUAACAAAGCCCUUGCUGAGAAACACAGUGAGAGAAAGUGGGGGGCCAUGGUCGUUAUUAAAUCUCUUCAGUUUCUGCCAACAGUGAUUACUGCUGCAUUGAGAGAAACAAUUCAUGACUCCGAUGAUACAAUUUCCAGUGGCUCUCUAGAACCGGUUAGCCAUGGGAACAUGUUUCAUAUCUCACUAGUGGGGGUGAAUAACCAAAUGAGCUUGUUGCAGGAUAGUGGUGAUGAAGAUCAGGCUCAGGAGAGAAUAGAUAAGUUGGCCAAAAUUCUGAGAGAGCAAGAAGUGAGUUCAGGUCUUCGUGCUGUUGGUGUUGGAGUCAUUAGUUGCAUCAUACAGAGAGAUGAAGGCCGAACCCCUAUGAGGCAUUCAUUCUACUGGUCAGAAGAAAAACGUUACUACAGUGAGGAGCCUUUACUACGUCAUUUGGAACCUCCUCUAUCUAUGUAUUUGGAACUGGACAAGCUGAAGGGCUAUGAAAAUAUUAAAUAUACACCUUCUCGGGAUCGCCAAUGGCACCUGUAUACUGUCAUGGACAAGCCAUCCAUUCAGAGGAUGUUUUUGAGAACACUUGUGAGACAGCCCAUCUCUGAGUUCACAGGGGUCGAACUAAAAACUCUUCGAACACAAAGACCCAUCUCUUUUACUUCAAGAAGCAUAUUAAGGUCCUUAACAGCUGCAAUGGAAGAACUGGAACUUAAUGCGCACAGUGCUACUUUGAAACCUGAUCACGCUCAUAUGUACCUGUACAUUGUAAGAGAGCAACAAAUACCUGAUCUUGUGCCAUAUCACAGGGAGGUGAACAUAGGUGACCAACAAGAAGAGGCAGCUGUUCAGAUCCUUUUGGAAGAGCUUGCGCGUGAAAUCCACAGUUUUUCUGGAGUAAGAAUGCAUCGAUUAAAUGUUUGUGAGUGGGAAGUGAAGCUUUGGAUGUCAUCCUCAGGGAAAGCCAAUGGUUCUUGGAGAAUCGCAGUUACUAAUAUGACUGGUCAUACCUGCAGCGUACAUGUUUACCGUGAAUUGGAGGAUAACUGCCUGCAUGAAAUGGUUUACCAUUCGGUAUCUGUUCACGGCCCCCUUCAUGGGAUACCUGUGAAUGCACCAUAUCAACCACUAGGGGUCCUUGCUCGUAAGCGACUUCAGGCCAUGAAAAGCAGCACAACCUACUGCUACGAUUUCCCAUUGGCUUUCUUGGCUGCCCUGGAGCAAUCAUGGGCAUCUCAGGCUCCAGAUGUGAAGAAACCGUUUGACAAAGUACUUCUACAAGUAACAGAGCUGGUGUUUGCUGAUCCAAAAGGUGCCUGGGGUACUCCACUCGUCCCAAUAAACCGCAGCCCUGGUCUAAAUGAUGUUGGUAUGGUAGCCUGGUCAAUGGAAAUGUCAACUCCCGAGUUCCCUGAUGGAAGGACAAUAUUAGUCGUAGCAAAUGAUGUCACCUUCAAGGCUGGAUCUUUUGGACCAAGAGAAGAUGCUUUCUUCCUUGCAGUUACAGAUCUUGCCUGUGCCAAGAAACUUCCUCUGAUUUAUUUGGCUGCUAAUUCAGGGGCUCGACUUGGUGUUGCUGAAGAAGUAAAAGCCUGCUUUAAAGUUGGGUGGUCCGACGAGUCAAACCCUGAGCGUGGUUUCCAGUAUGUGUACUUAACUCCUGAAGAUUACGGCCAUAUAGGAUCCUCAGUUAUGGCCCAUGAGUUAAAACUCGAGAGUGGAGAAUCUCGAUUUGUUAUAGACACUGUUGUAGGGAAGGAGGACGGACUAGGUGUUGAGAACUUAUCAGGAAGUGGAGCUAUAGCCAGUGCCUACUCAAGGGCUUACAAGGAAACAUUUACUCUUACUUUUGUUACAGGUAGAACAGUUGGCAUCGGUGCCUAUCUUGCUCGCCUUGGGAUGCGUUGUAUUCAGAGGCUUGAUCAGCCCAUCAUUCUGACUGGCUUCUCUGCGUUAAAUAAACUACUUGGUCGCGAGGUUUACAGUUCGCACAUGCAACUUGGUGGGCCAAAGAUCAUGGGCACCAAUGGGGUUGUGCAUCUCACAGUGUCUGAUGAUCUUGAAGGAAUUUCAGCUAUCGUGAAGUGGCUGAGCUAUGUUCCAUCUCAUUCAGGGGGUGAACUUCCAAUUUCACGCUCUUUAGACCCUCCAGAAAGACAGGUUGAGUAUUUGCCAGAAAAUUCCUGUGAUCCCCGUGGUGCUAUAUCUGGUGUACUUGACACCAAUGGCAAAUGGCUUGCUGGUAUUUUUGACAAGGAUAGUUUUGUUGAAACACUCGAAGGCUGGGCAAGAACAGUUGUGACAGGAAGGGCGAAACUUGGAGGAAUUCCAGUUGGUAUAGUGGCUGUCGAGACGCAGACCGUGAUGCAAGUUAUCCCAGCAGAUCCUGGUCAGCUCGACUCUCAUGAGAGAGUGGUCCCACAAGCGGGGCAAGUAUGGUUCCCAGAUUCUGCAACCAAGACAGCACAAGCCCUGCUGGAUUUCAACAGGGAAGAACUCCCACUUUUCAUUUUAGCUAACUGGAGAGGGUUCUCAGGUGGGCAGAGGGACCUGUUUGAAGGGAUCCUUCAGGCAGGGUCUACAAUUGUUGAGAACCUUAGGACUUACAAUCAACCUGUUUUUGUUUAUAUCCCCAUGAUGGGGGAGCUUCGUGGUGGGGCAUGGGUUGUUGUGGAUAGUCGAAUUAAUUCAGACCAUAUCGAAAUGUAUGCUGAUCGGACAGCUAAAGGAAAUGUUCUCGAGCCAGAAGGAAUGAUUGAAAUCAAGUUCAGAACCAGGGAAUUGGUUGAGUGUAUGGGAAGGCUUGAUCAACAGCUCAUCGAUUUCAAGGCAAAACUUGUAGAAGCCAAGACCAAUAAUUCUUAUGCUAAUAUUGAACUCCUGCAGCAGCAAAUAAAAGCUCGGGAGAAGCAACUUCUGCCUGUAUAUACUCAGAUUGCCACCAAAUUUGCUGAAUUACAUGAUACUUCUUUUAGAAUGGCUGCCAAAGGUGUUGUCAGGGAAGUCCUUGAUUGGAGAAAUUCUCGUUCAUUCUUCUACAAGAGAUUGUACAGGAGAGUCAUGGAGGAAUCACUUAUCAAGACCGUUAGAGAUGCUGCUGGUGAAGGAUUGACCCAUAAAUCUGCCAUGGAAUUGAUCAACAAAUGGUUCUGCGAGUCCGAUAGCAGUACUCAAGAGACACCCAAUGCUUGUUGGGAUGAUGAUCAGGCUUUUUAUAGAUGGAAGGACAAUCCUGCCAACUACGAGGAGAAGCUAAAAGAGUUGCGCGUACAGAAGGUAUUACAUCAGCUAUCAAAUAUUGGCAAUUCGGCAUCAGAUUUGGGAGCUCUGCCUCAGGGUCUUGCUGCCCUACUUCAAAAGGUGGAUUCGUCGAGGCGAGCACAACUAGUACAUGAACUCCGGAGAGUGCUCGAUUGAAUCGAUAACGAUCAUGCUCAAGUGAAACUCUCUUGGUUUCUCCUUGGCAGGUGAUGGUAAAGUUACUGUACACCAAUUGUGUUCGUUAGUUAUUAUACCAGGUUGAUUCAUCAGAUUGUAUAUAUAGGAGAUCUUAAAAUUCAAUUGGCAGUUCAUCGUGGAUUAUGUUUGCCCCAUUUUGUAACAAUCUUUGUAAUAAAUUAUAAACUUGAUUAUUAAUAAUACUAGAUGCUCAACUUUUCAACGAA